AUGUCGGUCAUAUUGUGGGUGCAUCCACAACCAUUGGAUUGUGGCUUAUUGCAUUUAUCAUUUUAUCCCCGAUUUACCUACAAUAAUCUAUUAAAAUUGGCAGUCUACGCCAAAGCCAAAGAAAAGGCUGGAUAUCCUCGCCUAAGUUAUACAGUUUGGCGCCAUGUUGCCUGCAAUAAAUUACAAAUGUCGGAAGAACAUGCCUGGCUGCUAUUCAAAACAUUUUACCUCCUUAGUGAUUGGUCUCAACGUGAUCGAAUAAAUUGGAUUCAAUCAUUAACAAACGAAGAUGCCACUGUUACUGAAGCGUUUUCUGAGAAUGAACACCUGCUAACUGCUGAUGCUGUUGAUGCAUUAGGGUUCUUAAUUGGAGGUCAAGUCGAUGGAAACGUCAUGAAAGUACGGCAAAUUGCUAGUAUGUCUAGCCAAGCCGGUAAAAGUGGAUUUUCUAAGAUUUCCAGUACAUUUUCCUUGAAAAGAUUCCAGUCUUGGCUGCGGAGUAAUCUAUCAGACAACUGCUUUGGAACGAUGGCAUGUCUUAUAAACGGAGAACGACUGCCUAGGUUAUUAGGUCGUACCGUAUCUGGUAACAAUGAUGUUUUAGCAUCAGGUGCAGAUUUUAAAACAAGAGACGAACGGCAAAGUAGCGCAUCGCCACGAACGCCUGACGAUUCUGCCAGUAAUCGAAGCGGUAAAAUUAUAUCGAAUCGUUCUAUUGCACCUGCAAGUGACCGUCUAACUAUACUAGCACAAGUAUGCAAACAAACCAUCAUCAAGACUUCUGAAAUGGAACACAGUGGUGUCAAGAUUUAUCGAUGCCAUUUUUCAUAUAUAUAUCUUCUGGCUCCUUUAAAGUCUAGUAACAACUGCACAUAUCACUUGUGCACUCCUUCCAAGCCGGUUAUGUUUAUCGGUAAUAAUAAUAUUACUAUAGCCCCUUAUCAUACGUUCUAUCCUCUCUUGUCAAAACAUAUGCAAGAAGUCGGUUUACUACCCACAGUUAAUCUAUGGGACCAAGUCAUUAGCAUAGGUCCACGGAGCGAUAGCACCGAGCCUACGUCUGAUUAUAAAUUUAUGAAAUUAAGCCAAUUUAGACAGUUCACAAUACCUCUUACAAUGGAAGGAGAUACUACAGCUAAUCCUUGUGCCAUGCCUAUGGAUUAUAGGAAAGCUCUCUUGGAAAAGGAAGCCGAUAUUAAAAAGUGGCACCAGUACUUAGACGCACAAGGCUUGAGUGAUGCUGACAAAUCAAAAUUUAAGAAAUUAGUUCAAGAAAAAUUUGAGGAAUGGCUUAUAGAUACUGGCCACGUCAGACAUUUAGAAGGCUUAAUACUCAAUUCUAACUCAAGUAUGCUCCAUACAAUCCUAUUGAAUCAUGAUGCAAUAGCGUCAACAAUAUGUGAAGAUAUAAGUCGAUUUGAGACUUUGGAAAUCCAAUUUGUGUGA